UGACCGUCCUGAAGGAGCUCCCUCGCCCCAGGACUCCCUCGCUCGCUCUUCACCUCCCCUCAAGUCGUUCUCUCGCUCUCGGCUCAGAGUCAGGAGGAGAUUUUUCUCUCUCUUUUUUUUUCUUCUUGUUGUAUUUUGCAGCUGAGACGAUCGAGGACAGUUGGACAUGAGGGCAGAUUCUCCACGAGGAGGCAUGAGCCCCACGUGCCUGUGGGCGGCUGCUCUGCUGCUGUCAAUCAUCUCUCUGGUCACCGGCGCCGGGUCACCGAGUUCAGGAAGCUCGAACUUAAGAGGCAGCUCGAAAUCCAAAGCGAAGACGUACUGGAGCGAAAGCAGCAAGGCCGUCUCCAUCAGCCGCCUGCUCUCCCAGACGCUCUACGACAAGGAGAACUUCACCUCCCUGGACCUGAACUACGGGGACUCCUUCUCCAAACAGGAGCAGUGGAACUGGCUCGACAACGCCUCGAACCCCCGGGACCCUCGAUCCAGGACGAAGAGGAGGCCCAUCGUCAAGACCGGCAAGUUCAAGAAGAUGUUCGGCUGGGGCGACUUCCACUCCAACAUCAAGACGGUGAAGCUCAACCUGCUCAUCACCGGCAAGAUCGUGGAUCACGGCAACGGGACGUUCAGCGUCUACUUCCGCCACAACUCCACCGGUCUGGGCAACGUCUCCGUGGGACUGGUUCCUCCCACCAGAGCUGUGGAGUUCCAGGUGCAGCAGCAUCAGCAGUACCAGCAGAACCACAACCAGCAGAACCACAACCAGCAGAACCACAACCAGCAGAACCACAACCAGCAGCAGCAGCAGCAGCAGCAGACGGCCCUGGAGACCAAGCUGUUCAACUGCCGGGUGGAGUACGAGAAGGUGGAGAAGGGCACCAGGAACUCGCUGUGCGCCCACGACCCCUCGCAGAGCUGCCCUCAGGAGCAGACCCAGAGCCACGUGUCCUGGCUGUGCUCCAAGCCCUUCAAGGUCAUCUGCAUCUUCAUCAACUUCUACAGCACCGACUACAAGCUGGUGCAGAAGGUGUGUCCGGACUACAACUACCACAGCGACACCCCCUACCUCCCCACCGGCUGAUGGUGUGAGCGGAGGAGGAGAAGACCCCCCCCCCCCUCCCCCCCGUAGAGACAGGCGGUCAGAUUAUUUGAACAGAAGUGGAGUCGGGACUCUUCCAAGUUGAAGCGUUGACAGGUUUGAUUACAGCUAACACGUCCUCGUCUGAGACUGAUCCAGCUCCAGUGACCACACCUGCCCCGGGGUCACGGUGGGAGACUUCACAGACUCACAACACUCAACACUACACACACACACACAGCUGCUUAUACAUCGAAAGGAAAUUCUCAAGCCAACCUGUAAAAAAUAUGCUGAUUGUCUUUAUGUAAAUAUAUCGUGGAUUCCACACAAAGACCUGAGAACAGUUUUAUUAAUGUUUUCUCCUGCUCCUCUCUGUGUUUAUUACGUUGAUGGUGUGUUUCCCGUCUCAAUCGUGCUUCUCCGUCUUUUCCAAUCAGUCUCUGGUAAUCACUGCAAACACGUAAAUGUCAAUGCAAAUACGAAGAAUCUGUCAGUAUGCAUUAGAGGGCGUAAUGGAAAAAAGCAAACAUUUCUGGAGUGGUGUUGUUCUCUGCCCGGUGAUUGUUAGAGUGAAUAUACCUCUCUGGUGUUGUUGUUGGAGUCGUCCACGUACGUGCAUGAUCAGAAUGUGGUAAACAGCUGAGAGACAAUCCAUCUGUCACAAACAAACCUUCAUCGAGCCUCAGACGUCACCGGAGAACAAGAACAAGACAACAACAAAAAAGAGAAAAGAGAGAGAGAGACUUCUGUUUUAAUUCUGUGUUAUGUGUCAACGCUCGUGAGGCCGAGGGAGGAGCCGAGUUAAUGAAACCAGCGGAGGGUUCCAGUCCAACACGAGCAAGAAAAUAAAGAUUUAAAAGAUACAGACGAUCAUUUCUCUGCACUGCAUUUAAAAAACAAACAAUCUAAUUCUGUUGUUUUCUCCAUCCUGCUUAGAUUUAGACAUUUAGUCUCUCAUUUUUGUGAAUUUACAGUUCAAGACAGUUUUGGGUGCAGUUCAAUCACACGACUGAAUGUUAUUAUAGCUCAUUCCCAUCAUGAGAAGAUAAUUUAUAAAAUCAAACAUGACUCUGCUCUAAUUCCACAGUUUUCUCAUUCCUGAUUUUUUUAUUUUAAACAUUUUGAUUCCU